AUGGUUGGUCUCGUAAAAGCAAAAGUGAUGAACGAGUAUAUUCCUUCAGAUUUACGCCUGAGAAAUAAAGAUGGUAUUAUUAGUUUAACAAGAGGUAAACAAUCAACACCAACAACAGUUAGAUCGAAACUUGCCAGCCGAAAAGUGAUUUUUGAAGAUCCUUUUUGCCUAAAUGAUAAUUGUCCGACUACUGAUCAGCCAGCAACAGACAUUAGAGUUGGCCAUCAAAAUAUCGAAAAUGAGAUUUUUAAUAAAACUGUUGAAGGAACUGAGAACAUUAAUUAUGAUAAAGAAUCAUUCGAUUUAAAGGAACAGGUUCAAGACUUAUCAACACAGUUAGAGGAAAUAUGUAAAUAUGCGCGUUCAUCUUUGAAUGAAAACGAUGACUGUUUCUGUCAUGAGCUUGUUGGAGGAAAAUGUCUACUACCACAAAAUCAGGGGUACAGCACAUCUCCACGAUUGAAGACUCCGCCAGAAGUAUGGGUUUCUAAACCUGAUUGUUGUCAAUCAUGUACUGUACCCUGUCGUGUUAAAUCUGGUGUUCCGAAAUCUGAGACUUCAGUGGAUACAUCAGAGAAGAAGCAAUCAUUUUAUGAUGAUGACCAACUACAGGAUCAUAUGAAUGAUAUAAAACGUCGUUUAUCUCUGAUACAAAAUAAUUAUGCCAAUAAAGUUUUACCACCUACUUCAAGUAAGGCAGAACGUGAUAUAGACGAACAUUUAGAAAAGAUUAAUCAACAGAAUAUAUCUCAUCGACAAUUUCAUGCUUUACCUCAAACACAAACAUCAGGACAUCGAAGUAAUACAAUGAAAUCUGUGAUGAAUCAAAAACUGUUACCUGGUCAACGGUCUAAAAAGUCAAAUAUAAAAUCGAAAUUAUCAGAUAGGCAGUUAGAAUCAUCUCAAAGAAACAACAGUUUUCUCAAACAAAAGCAAGUCAUCUCAUCCAAUAGCAAGUUAAAAACGACUGACAGUAUUUCGAAACCUAAAAAUCAACUAGAACUUACAAAUAUGAGACCAAAAAGUUCCACAAAUAUUAUUGGUGAUAUAUCGAUGAUCCUGAAAUUACCCUCAACAAAUUACAAAGUUAUUUGGGAAAUUCUGACAUCGUUUUAA